UUUACGUCAUUUGGUAGUUGCUUUAAGGAGAAGGAUUCAGAGUUUGGAGAGAGAUUUAGAGGAGUGUCGAGAGAAUGCAGUAGAGCAGGUGCAGAGAAGAUGGUUGUUAGAACAACGGGCAAGUGUGGUGAAUUAUGAGGAGGAGUUGAGAAGGUUGCAAGAAGAACGAGGAGGGGAUAAUGAUGGGGAUAGGUUUAUAGAUUAUGGUCUUUAA